AUGUUGGGGCGCGACCUGUUGGUUUUACUCACCGUAGUAUGCUUUGUUGAAUUUUCAACUGCAGUAACUGAUACAUGUUAUCAGUGUAAUUCUGCUCUCGAACCAGAUUGUGCAUCAAGUGAUUUAACUCUAUUAAAAAAAUUUAUCAAAAAAUGUGAUCCCGAUGCUGAAAUUCCUCAGAAAUCUGGAAGCACUCCGGUCGCUUGUCGCAAAAUCAUUCAGCAGGUAGAUCCAACUCCAGAGCGUAUUAUACGUGAGUGCUCUUACACUUUGGUGCAUGGUAGUCCUCAAGUGAAUGGUAUGCGGAAACAGGGGAACAAAGGGAUCAAGAUGUUUUAUUAUCAGUGUGAAAACGCAGAUAACGUUAGUUGUUGUUUUUUCACCUUACUAUGUUUUCGGAAGCAUCAUUUCUCGAAAUUUAUUAGGUGGAACUGAAG